AUGGAUUUUUGGGGUCCAUACAGCAAAGCAAAAACUCUAGAGAGAUACUAUCUCUCCCUGACAGAUGACUGUACGCGAUUUUCGUGGAUAUAUCUGACAAAGGAUCGAGAGGCUGCCACAGUGAAAGCCACUCUAGAGCAAUGGCUGGCUCUAGCCGAGCGCGAGAAAGGUGUCAAGUUGCUUAUUAUCCGGACUGAUAAUGCAAGAGAAUUCAAGGCUCUGGAGCCAUGGGCCUUGAAAAAAGGCAUCCAGAUCGAGUUUACUGAGCCUGAUACACCUCAGCAGAACAGCAUGGCAGAAAGGCUGAAUCAAUAUCUCUUAGAGAUGACCAGGGCGAUCCUUAUUGAUGCAGAUGUUCCAAAGGAGUACUGGCCAGUUCCUGAAGCAAGCUCAGGAACUAGGGGAGGCAUUAUAGAGGCUCUAGGAGCUAAUAAUACAGGAGAUAGAGAUGACAGUAUAGAUACUGCAGGUACUGGAGGCAUUGGAGGCGCUGGAGGUGCUGAAGAUGAUGCUGGAGAUAAUGCUGAAGAUAAUACUGGUAAUAUCAAGAAUAAUUCUAAGCAGACAGAGGCUAUAUAUGGGCAAAAGCCACGAGCCCAGAGACACAGAGAAGAGAGGGAGGUACUAAAAGAUCCUUCUCUGCACCUAUCUGUUGAGCAGCAGUGA